UCGUUUUUAAGUGCGAACCUAUCGGUAAUGACACUAUAUCCGGUUACUUGCAAAAUCGAUUUGAAAAACGAAGAAGCACAACUUUCCAUGUAGAUAACACCAUUACAUUGAAUCAAAAUGAUAAUAACACUGAAAACUCUACAACAACAAACGUUUAAGGUUGAAAUUGGGGAAGAUGAGUUGGUUAAGAAAUUAAAAGAAAAAGUAGAGGCAGAGAAAGGAAAAGAAACAUUUCCGGCUGGUGGACAGAAAUUAAUUUAUGCUGGUAAAAUCCUUGAUGAUGAAAAAAAGAUAGCAGAAUACAAAAUAGAGGAGAAAAACUUUGUGGUUGUUAUGGUAACCAAGCCAAAAGCCGCACCAGCUAAACCAGCAGAAACACCAGCUGCCCCACCCCCUGUAGAAGCAAGUUUACCUGUGGUGACACCUACUCCAGCAACACAACCAGAGACGAAACCAGAAGAAAAGAAAGAAGAAACACCUCCAAGUACUGCCAUGGAGACCUCACCUGCUCCUGCAGCAACAACCACUGCAGCUACGACAGCAGCAGGUUUAGCUGAAGCUGUAUCACUGGCAUCAGCAGAAAGUGCUCUAGUUACAGGACAACAGUAUGAAAAUAUGGUGACAGAAUUAAUGAGUAUGGGAUUUGAAAGAGAACAAGUACUGAGAGCACUAAGAGCUAGUUUCAAUAAUCCAGACAGAGCUGUAGAAUAUUUGUUAGGGGGCAUUCCUGAUGUACCAGAACCUGUACAACCAGUAGCACCUUUAUCACAACAACCUACUUCUGCAACAGGAGCUCUGCCUGCAACAACUGGUGCACCAUCAGCCUCACUAGGAGCACCUCCUCCAGCUGCUGCAGGUGCUCCUCCUACUUUGACAGGAGGAACACCAAGCUCUGAAGAUUUUGAAAUGUUGGAAGGGGAGUCAGAUUCUGAUUCUUUUGAGGGUGAAGAUCCUUUAGCAUUUUUAAGAACACAGCCACAGUUUCAAAGAAUGAGACAGUUAAUACAACAGAAUCCCCAGAUCUUACCAGCUUUACUUCAACAAAUUGGUCAGUCAAAUCCACCAUUAUUACAGUUAAUUAGUCAAAAUCAAGAGCGAUUUAUUCAAAUGUUAAAUGCACCUGUAGAUGAAGAAGGUGGUUCAGAAACUACAGCACAGGGAGCUGGAGGAUUGGGUCCUUCUCCACCUGGUGGUGAAUAUAUACAAGUUACACCCCAAGAAAAAGAAGCAAUUGACAGAUUAAAAGCUUUAGGAUUCUCAGAAGCAAUGUGUAUUCAAGCUUAUUUUGCAUGUGAAAAAAAUGAAGAAAUGGCAGCAAACUUUUUGUUGUCGCAAGGUUUUGAUGAUGAUGAAGGACAGAGCUGAUAGACUAAAUUAAUAAACCAAUUUGUGACAUUAUAUAAACAUUUUCGUUAAGCGUUGAAUAUUACAGAAUUUUUUUAUUAUAGACAAAAUUUAAUAGGAAGACAUCUAUAAUACAUCAUUUUCCAUAUCCACAUGCUGUUUAUGCUUAAUAACUGUUAAGAUUAAUUACAUGCAAGCUAGAAAGAUACACACACUGUAAUGAUACCAGUUAUUUGUUACUCUGCAAUGUAAUUAAAAACAAGGACUGUUGAAGUCCAUAAAUUAAGAUUGAAACAA